CGUGAUCAGUAACGAGAACCGCAGCGGCUACGAGACGCUGUGGUCAUCGUCGUGAAAGAAAUAGAAGACGAUCGUGCAAAAGAGAGGAAGGAAAGAUAAAAAGAUCAGUGUCGAUAGGGACGAUUCAAGGAUAACAAAAGCUGGUCGUUCUCGACCUCGAGACGGUCUUGCAGGCCGUCCCGAGAAAUGAGCCGCACCGCAACGCAGAGUGCGGUUCGUACGAUGAAGAGAAGCAACGUCCAGAUCGAGAACGUAGCGAGUACGAAGGUAGAAGCAUGCCACCGGUGCUAGGAGGCGCGGCAAUGGCGGUCCUUCCGGUAAGCCCGCAGACGGCCACGCAGGGUAACCCGCACCACCAUCACAAUCAUCACGUACAUCAGGGACAAACGCAAGUUUUACUCGCGGCCGCUGGCGCAACGACGCAGGCACAGCCGCAGCUGCUCUAUCAACCGUAUAAUUUGAUGCCGGCGGGCAACUCUCCCUCCCCCCAAACGGCCUUUCAACACCAUCCUCACCAGCAACAGCAUCAACCGCAGCAGCAACAACAGCAACAUCAGCUUCAUCAUCAUCACCACCAUCACCAUCAACCUCCGAGCCAACAAAGCAACUUUCUGCCGGCAGAUAUUGCUAACGUCGCCACAACGCUUGCAUUGGAGCGGCGAGAAGCGGAAGCUCGGCUGGAGAAGCGUGAACGAGAAAGAGAGGCCAAGAUGGAAAGGGAGAGGCUCGAGAAGCAAAGGGCCGCCGAGCAGGCAGUUCACAAACACUUCGAAGAGUCCCUAAGGCUGGCGCAACAAAAGGUGUCUUAUGCUCCGCAGAGAAACAUACAGGCCGAGGCCAGAGAUCACGUAGCUGCUCAACAAAGAGCCGCCUAUUACGCAGCCACCGCACCUCCGACUCAACAGGUGUCUCGACCCUCGAGCGUGCCUGGCAAAGUCGAUUACCCACCACCGCCAGCGCACUCGAGAACCUCGAAGUCGUCGCUUCCCGUCAGUAGUCUUCACGAGAAACCACCGCCUGUGGUCGGGCCAUCGCACAGCUCUCUGCCGAAGGUGGAGCCUAACGUUGGCCUGUUCAGUUAUUCGACGUAUCAGCCACAGUCAUCGUAUAUGCACGACAUCAAAGUGAAGAGCGACGUAGGGCAGCCGCACAAGUCGUUACCGAGCAAGAGUGGUCUAGCCGGGGGCCUCGAGAGGGAUCAUCACGGGCGGGAGGUUCUGCAAAAUCCUCCGUCGUUGUUACCGGAUCACAAGAGUUCGGUGAUAGUGAAGAACGAAGGCCGGGAGCUACCGAAGGUGGCGGCGUCUCAGCAACACUCGUCAAGUCCGAAGAUUAUGCCGUAUAUGAACGUGCAAUCCGUUCCACCUCAACACAAACCGUACGAGUACAGGAGUCCAACGCAGAGUCCCCACCAUCUACACCAUUUGGACGGUCUACAGACCGCUAAGAGCAUACCUCAAAGUCAUCACAGAAGCAGUAGCGGGUCCACGACCACGACGCAGUUACCCAGCCCUCACGGGCAUCCACCGCANGUGCAGCACGCGCAGCCACAAUUAAACGCGUCCUUCCAAACGCAACCGCUCGAUCUUGGUAUCGAGAGAUCCGGAUCACCGAAGAGAAAAGCACCAACUCCCUCGUUGACCGAGAAUUCUGGCCAACCGGUUUCUCUGGAGGUUUGCAAGAAACGCAGGACAGAGGAACCGCAGCCGUUAUCGCUUCAAUGCGUCGGCCCACCUGUACUCUCGAGAGCGAGUGAGCCGAGCCCGUUGAUCGCCUCGGCCGCCACUUCGAUCACGACCGUGGUUAAUACCACGGUGGCUCUGUUGGCCCAGUCCAAUACGCAAACGACGCAGGAACGCACCGUGACCGCAGUCAGUCCGACGCCUCGAACAGCGAGCGGAGACGGAUCCGUGAGACCAGCUAGUACGGGAAGCGUUAGCUCUUUGAAUCCAACCGUUAGCGCAGCUCCUAGCCCGGCACCUAUACCCAGUCCAGCGCCCUCUACGGCGCCAAGUCCGGCGCCCAGCGCUCCCGGCACUCCAGCCAAAGCUAACCCUAGCACGGUCGACAGCGAGAAAUCGAACAGUCCUGCUCCCAGACCACCGAGCAGCACCAGUUAUCCGGUUCACAAAUUAAAGAAGGCCUGGCUGCAAAGGCAUUCGGGCGAGGAUGGGACGGAAGACACGACUGGAGUUGUAGGUAGCGGAUCUUGCGUCACUUUACCUAUGAAUAUCUCCCAAGCACCGUCGCAGUCGUUGAACAACAAAGAACGCGACACCUCGAACGUUUCCGGCAAUACGACCACCACCUGUUUGCCCAGCGCCGUCAAUUCCAUUCACAAUAUCGGUAGCAUGGCGGUGAACAGCAUCAAUAAGAGCAAAGUUACCGCGAAAAGCAGCCGUAAAUCGGCGAACAAAGAAUCGUUGAACGGGCAUGCGACAGACACGAAAACGUUACAAGAAGAUUCUUCUAGCAGCGACCCGGAACGGAAGUCGCCGCCCAAAAGGAAGCCACCCAAGGUAAAACGAAAGAAGGGCGCAGCACGGAGGCAGCAAACGACCGCGGAAGAUCAGCGGAGGCGAAAGGAAGAUAAACAAGGCGGUGGAGCUGGUGUAGGCAGUGAAUCUAGUAACGAGAGCGAAGCUGGUUCUGCCAGUGAUACAAGUGAACAGUUGGGUUCCAUUCAACCUACAUCGAGGGUGCGACAUACCACGGCCAAUUCCAACAAUUCCUCGGGAAACGGAAAUAAUAAGGAACCCAGGAAACGAGGUAGAAGACCAAAGACUACGAAAGGUAAUGAACUAGGUGGAGAAGAUCAGCAACCUCGUCAAAAGAAAGAACGUAGAGACGAUAGUGCGAGCGGUGGUAACAGUGGGCCAGGUGGAAGUGGUGGUAGAGGUGAUCCCUUUCGUAGACCACCGAUAUCGCAAUUGAAAAAAACUGGUGAUAGUUGGCUGCAAGACGGCGCUUGUUUCGAAGUAGCUCCAAAGUUGGCUAAAUGUCGUGAGUGCAGAUGGACACCGCACCAGCGCUCCAAAAAUCUUCCUCAAAAUAUUUUCUGCAGAUUUUAUGCAUUCCGUAGAUUACGGUACACGAAAAACGGACAAUUGGCGAUAGCAGGAUUUAGCGAUCCUCACAAAGAUGCAUCUGAGGUAGAUCUUCGGUUAUGGUUACCAGGAAAAGAAAGUUCGGAUAGCAAGAAGGACGAAAAGCCUGACAAGAACGACAAAGAGAAGGGAGACAAAGAAGAUCUAGAUUUGGAAAUGGCUCACAGAUUACUUCGUCAAGUUGGAGAUCAAUUUUGUGAUCUUUUGCAUCAAGAAAAGGACGCUCUUCAACAACACAUGGCAGAAGCAAGUUCGGGACUUGUAGACGGAACAGUCGCUUGGAAGAGAGUGGUCCAAGGUGUCCGAGAGAUGUGCGACGUCUGUGAAACGACCUUGUUCAAUUACCAUUGGGCUUGCGGAAAAUGUGGCUUCGUCGUGUGCAUCGAUUGUUAUAAAGGACGCAAGAACGGGACGAUCAAGAUAUGGGGAGAAAGCGGAAAGGAUAGAGACGAUUUUUCAUGGCUUUUAUGUACAAAUAGACAAGUGCACGAACCCGAGCGACUCAUGCUCACACAAAUUAUUGCUGGUGACAGCCUGAUACGUCUUGGUCAACGAUUGCACGAAUGCCGUGCAGAAUGGGGAAUACCCCAACAUUGUGGUUGUUCACUGGUCGUUCAAACUCCUGCCAACGAGUAUUUGCGAAACAUGAUAAAAGGCGACUCGGUACCCGUUUUGAAUGGCAACGUUAAGCAGGAAAUUAAGGAAGAGAAAAAAGUAAACGAAUCGAAUGGAUCGUCGGAGAGUAAAACGAAUGGUGAAGAUAAAAAUUCUCCGUUAAACUGGCUGGCAGAUGUAGCUUUACAGAAUCAGGAUAAAAACGAAAGCACUUCUAGUUCAGAUUCCGACGAAGAUCGGGAUGGUAAUUAUUCGACCCUGAGAGAAUUGCUUAUCCGACCGUCCCAUAAAUCAAAUGGUAGUGGCUCUAGAUCAAAUUCACCCACGAACAAUUCAGGUAACGUUAACGUUACCUCCGGAAACAAUGCGCAGAACAACGUCGCAAAGUCUGGGAAAAAGUCGAAGAUGGACACGUUGGACGAAGUCAUAUCUAGCGUGAUAGAGCACAGUGUGAAAAAGGAGAGGGAAGAUGAGCUGGACGAUGAGAAGCCGAGAGAGCUUAAGCAUUUCGUCAGAAGAUACAAAUGGACGCAGAAGGGAAGGGAACCGUUGCCCAUCCGGAUCAUGACACUUACCGAAAGCAAGAGUCUUUACCCAGACGUACCACAUUCUUGGCUCUGUGAUGGAAAAUUGCUCAGGUUAAACGAUCCGAACAAUCCUAACAAUUACAGAAUAUUUCAAGAUCAAUGGAAACGUGGACAACCGGUUAUCGUGUCAGAUGUUGCAAAGUUAUUGGACAUGAGCCUCUGGCAUCCAGACUCAUUCGCCAGAGAUUUUGGCGACGAGAAGAACGAUUUGAUAAAUUGCAUGACUGGAAAUCUCGUACCAAAUCAACCGAUGCGUAAAUUCUGGGAAGGAUUUGAACAUUUCUCGAAAAGAUUGAAAGACGAGAGAGGAAAUCCGAUGUUGUUAAAAUUAAAGGAUUGGCCUCCCGGUGAAGAUUUUGCGGAAUUGUUACCAUCGAGAUUCGCGGAUUUGAUGAAAGUUUUGCCGUUGUCGGAGUAUACACAUCGAAACGGAAGACUGAACUUGGCCAGUCGUUUACCCGACUGUUUCGUAAGACCGGAUUUAGGGCCCAAAAUGUACAAUGCUUAUGGAUCGGCUCUUCAUCCAAACAAAGGCACCACUAAUCUCCAUUUAGAUAUUUCUGAUGCAGUUAAUGUUAUGGUUUAUGUGGGUAUCCCAAAAGACGCCGAUAACGACGAGCACGUCAAAGAAGCAUUACGAGCAAUAGACGAAGCCGGCUGUGACGUCUUGACACGCCGACGUGUUCGCGAACGGGGAGAAGCACCGGGUGCGUUGUGGCAUAUUUAUGCGGCUCGAGAUGCUGAUAAAAUCAGAGAUCUGUUGAACGCUGUUGCUUUGGAGCGUGGAGCUCGUUUGGAACCGCAUCACGAUCCAAUCCAUGAUCAAAGUUGUUAUCUCGAUGGACCUUUGCGAGAACGAUUGUAUCGCGAAUACGGCGUCGAAGGAUAUGCUAUUGUACAGUGCCUAGGCGAUGCAGUGUUCGUGCCAGCUGGUGCGCCACAUCAAGUCCGCAAUCUUCACAAUUGUAUAAAGGUGGCCGAGGAUUUCGUAUCUCCAGAAAACGUGUCGCAUUGCUUCCAUCUAACGCAAGAGUUCCGUGCAUUAUCCGACACGCACACGAAUCACGAAGACAAAUUGCAGAUUAAGAAUAUAAUAUACCAUGCCGUGAAAGAUUCAUUGGCCGUAUUGAGCAACGUGAAGGAAGAAACUCUCAACAAGUUAAAGUCGAAUAACGAGAUAAAAAAGGAGGAGACGUAGCCCUAGGCCCCCUGUCGCGGUCGCAAGAGCCGUUGAUCUUUCUUUGACUAAAAAAGUCUCGCUAUAUCAGUGAGUGCCCAAUCUGUUACCUGGUCGUGUAUCGCUUCCCCGAACGUAGAAUAGGUCGGGAUGGAUUCGAGACGACAGGAGGAUUUAAUCUUAAGAUUCGCUCCGGAACCUGUAUCGAGGUGCAAGAAUUUGUUGUGAUAUUUGACGAGUAACUCGAAACGUUUGAUUUUUGGUAUUGGCUGAGCCAAUGAGAUUAUCCGUUGUUUUCAUUUCAAUAUCCUUUUGCGUAUAGUUUUCUUUCUCUCGAGCAACGUGCUUGCGGACAUGAAGUCUGCGAGUUUUUCUUUUUUUCAUUUUGAAGUAUGGAGUUGUUGACGCUAACGCGCACUGCGUCCAUUAUCAUUGUGAUACCAGGAGGAGAACUUUGGAUCAUACAUUAUUUGUAAUUACUUAUAUCGUGCCUGUAUUCAAUAACAUACUGUCUAUAUUAUAUAAAUGUAGAUAAUGGAUUACUGUGUAAUGAAUUCUUACUAGCAACUAUGAAAGGAUCGUCUAGAGGUACCUUUGUGCAAUUAGAUGUCGAUUAUAAAUUGUUAGUUGGAUCAAUGAUACUUGUCGAUCCGCUCCGUUACGUGCUCUCGUGAUCUGGUGCUUUUUUGGUAUCGAUUUAAAUAAAAGCGAAACAAGCCGUUUGCUUAAAUGGCCGAUAUAUAUUUCUUGCUACGUUCUUGUGUUCAGCGCGGCAAUGAGCAUAAGAGGAAAACACUGCCUAUGCUGUUCACAUCGGUCCAGUUUAACGGAUAAAGUGACUGGAUAAUUUGCGCGUAAAGUACAUUAAUGCGAUAUACGUGAUAACCGCAGUUCGGCUUCCUCGAAUAUAUAAUAUCGUUUCUUCUUCGAUUUGUCUUUCUUCUUUGAAAAAUAUAUCGGCUAUAUCGAGCAAAGUUUGUUCGAAGGUUUGUAUGAUCAUCGUCGUUUAAAUUACGGCAUCAGAACAAAAAUAACAUAAUAGUUGUAAACAAAUCUCUCGAUAUUAUUAUCUUCAUGGGAUAAAAGAUCGAUAAGAAUAGAUUAUCAAAUCUAUUGAAUUUAAUGUUUUUUAUAGAUUGGAUUAACAGUUGUGUGGCCCAGUGAUAACCCAGUAAGAGUAAUGAGUAAGAGAAAAAACAAAGUAAAAGACAGGAAAAUGAAAAGAAUAGAGAAAAAAAAAAAAAAAAAAAAAAAAAAAAAAAAAAAAAAAAAAAAAAAAAGAAAAAAAAUAAGAAACUGUUAUUUUUGUCGAAUCACGCGAACCGUCUAUCCAAUAGAGCAGCAGCGAUAUUCUAAUUGUAUUUGUAAUUAAUAUCGAUAAUUAUGGUAACAUUAUUUAAUGCAAAGUAAAGCUGUAACGAUUUUUGAAGUGCCAAUGUUGAACGACGUGGACAUUUUCGCGUGUUUACACGUUUGUGUAUAGGUAGACAAGAAAAAAAAAAAUAAAAAAAAAAAAAAUAAAGAAAAGAGAUGGACGAAAGAACACAGAUUAGUCAUGCAGAAUUCAUAGAUGAGAGGCCGAGUUCCUAUCAUUUAACUUUCCUCAUAUAGAACAAACCGCUGCUUUUCACGGUAUGUUGCGCGAUGUCUGAAUUCUUGAAAGCCAUUACCGUCCUCGUCCAUUGUAUGUUUCACAAUGACGUUUCUCACAUAUUCACAACUGAAAAAUACCAUCAUAGUUGUAUGUUUAUGAGCCAGUCAUAAUUUCAAUGAUAAACGAAAAAAAAAAAAAAAAAAAAAAAACAGGAAGAGAAAGAAAAAGAAUAAAGUAGAAAAAAAGAGAAGAGGAAGGCAACAGCUUUCGAGGACAGACGCAUGCAAUUUAGCGUUUCUCGCGCCCUUGGUGCGCGCUUUAUCGAUUGUCUGAUAUUCACUACGGCUGGUAAUCUUGAGACCGAUAUGUAAGCAACAAA